AUGUCUUCCAAAAACCGAGAACAUGAUUUGCAAAAACCAAGCAUGGAAACUCGCGAAUGGCCUACAGAAAACAAUGAGUCUGUGGACCAGCAAACACUGAAAACGGAUGGCGAAGAAGACCAGCAUGGUGCAGAAGUCUCGAUGUGCAUGGCAUCUUUGAAGAGAUCUGGCAGCCACAUGAAGAUUGUCAUCAAGCCAAUCAGUUACUUGACCAUUCAAGAUCCACAAAAGAAGAAAAUGACGGUGAUUUUGGAUCCUGAAGGUGAUGGUAACUGCGGAUUCCGUUGCAUUGCACAUACUACCCAUGGUGACCAGAAUCGUGCACUGGAUGUCGAAGAGGAUAUGUUGGAGUGGUUCAACAAAAUAUAGACGGUAUCUAUGAAGGAAUCGUGGACACGGAGGUUGUUGCCAAUACACUGAACAACUUUGAACGAUAUCCACCAGAUGAUUGCUGGUUCAACUCCUUGGAUUGUGCACAAAUUGUUGCCAACGUUUACAAUCGGGCUGUUGCUGUGUAUUCCGAAACACAGGCCAAUGUCUUGUAUCUCCCUCUCCGAUCUGCACCACCCGAAGCCUUCAAGCCAAUCAUGCUUUAUCUCGAACAGAUAAAAAAAAAAGCAUAGGUAUCUUAUUGCCUUUGAAAACAAAUACCGCAAACUGGAUUGGCCAUCACUUUCUCCCACCUACGAAUCUGCGCAGAUUGAAAAUAGAAGACAACAGCGUUCUAUAUAAAUAAAAUACAGAUAAUACAGAAAGUGAAAUAUAGAAGUUUCACACGAAAA